AUGCUGCUCAUCUCCAGCACAGCUGAUUUUGUUUCACGCGAUUUAGAUAGGUUUGUUAUCAUUGCCGGUAUUACUUAAUAAAUAUGUUACAAACAAGUAAAACUAACGCUGUUUUCGGAAUUUUCCGGUUGUAUGCAACGGCGGCAGCAACUGUCAUUAAACCUAAACAGAUACAGAAGCCAAAACAGAAACCAUUAAUUAGCUGCAAACGUUCACAGUUCAACUUAUAUGUACCAGCACCCGAAGACAGUGAAUUUGGCACAAUACCGUUAGCAACCAGCGGUUGGAAGCACUACAAAUCAAAAGACGAUCUAAUGAUAUUUAAUGCGAGUGUAAGUAAGCAGGAUAUUCUGGCUGAAAUGCAAGAAAUCGAAGAAUAUCUCAAAGAAACUAAUAUUUGUUUAAAUGAAAAACUUCUGGAAAACCUAAGGAAUGUCCUAAAUAUAACAGCCUUUACUAGCAUUCAAAGUAAGGCUAUCUCGAAAGUCUAUGAUAGUCAUCAUGUGUUGAUCGCAGCAGAAACUGGUUGCGGCAAAACACUUGCAUAUAUGCUCCCCAUUCUACAGCGUGUUAUCGAACGAAAACAAGCACAACAAAAUAAACGAAAAUAUAAUACACCACUAGCUGUUAUUAUUACACCAGGUCGUGAGUUGGCAGCACAAAUUGGCGUAGUUGCAGAAAAGUUGUGUGAAGAUACCGAUGUUCAGAUUAAAACUAUAUUAGGAGGAAACACUAAACGUCUGAUGGUUAAUCCAGAGUUCUCAGAUGUUGACAUAUUAGUUUCAACAGUAGGUGCUUUGAGUAAACUUGUUACAACGGGCGUUUAUCGUAUGGAAAAUGUACGACAUGUCGUGCUAGAUGAAGCAGAUACUCUUUUGGAUGAUAGCUUUUCUGAUAAACUGGGCUAUUUUUUGCGCCGUUUCCCGUUCCACAAAAAUCAUACACAGGAUGAGCAAAUUGUAGGCACACAGCUAAUAUUAGCAUCAGCGACUAUGCCCACAAACACUGAAGAAAUUUUACAAAAAGUGAUAGAUGUUCAAACUCUGCACGAAGUUUCCAGUCCAAAUUUGCAUAAAUUGAUGCCACAUAUCGAACAACGAUUUUUGCGUAUGUCUAAACAAAGCAGACCCACCACUUUGUUAAAUCUAGUCAAAAAAGAUAUUGCAAAAAGGCAACCAACUAUAGUAUUCAGCAACAAAUCAGCUACAAGUGAUUUUGUAGAUAUUUUUCUGAACAAUAAUGGUGUGCGUAGUGUAAAUCUAAACGGGGAUAUGCUUAUGAAAAUACGUGUUGGACGUUUUGAGCGGUUCCAGGAAGGAAAUUACGACGUGCUCUCUACCACUGAUGUCGGUAGCCGCGGACUGGACACUACAAACGCUCGACAUGUAAUCAACUUCGAUUUUCCCCUGCAUGUCUCCGACUAUAUACAUCGCUGUGGGCGUAUUGGACGUGUGGGUAAUUUGAAACCAUCGUUGGUUACAAAUUUCAUAUCCUCAAGACGGGAAGUCGAAGUGGUGCAACGUAUUGAACAUGCUGCCCGAACCGGAGGUUUGUUGCCUGAUGUCAAUGCGAAUAUUAAAAAUAUUAUAAACAAACGAAUUAUGAAAGAUAUGGAAGCUGCAGGUAUGGUAUUACCUGAAGAAGAAGCAUUUUAGUGUAAUAAAAAUAUUUUUUUGUUUUUA